AUGCUCGCCGUGGCCUCCGCCACCGCCAUGCCUGCAUCUCCCCCCACGCCUGCCCAAACCCCCCUCGCCUCUGCACCUGAAAGCACCAUCCCCUCCUCCUCAGCCGAUGCUGAAACCCACCCCACUGCCGCGCUUGAGCCCGCUGCUCCCUCGACAGUCUGGCUCUCCUGCAGGGCUGCGCGCACCUCCUCUCCUCCUCCGCCCUCCCCUGCAUGCGUGCAGCAGCAGCAACGGCUGCUGCAGGAGCAUGAGAAGGAGCACCAGGAAGAGCAUCAUAAUCAGCAUCAACCUAUUAAUCAGCAGAGGCAGGAGAAGGAGAAGGAGGAGGAGGAGGAGGAAGAGGAGGAGGAGGAGGAGGAGGAGGAAGAGGAGGAGGAGGAGGAGGAGGGUCAGGAGGAGGACAUGAAGCGGGCAAUAGCUCAGCAGCGGCAUCAAACGCAUGAGGAGGAACAUCAAGAUCAGGCGAAGCAGCAGGCGGAAGAGAAGGCGAGGGCCGUGAUAGCGCAGCAGUGGCAGCUGUUAGAGGAAGCAAUGCAGCCGCCACAGGUGGUGCAGCAGACAAGGAAGCGACAGCUCUACGACGCAGAGCACAAGGCGCUCAGGUAA